UAUCGAAGUAUUUGUUUUCCUUUUUUGCGGAGUGAAAUUCCUAGCUUCGUUGACUUGUAGCAGUGGUUUUGCAUUCAAUGAUGCACAUAUUCAUUUCCUUUGAUGUUAAUUAGCUUCCUGUUUGGGCACUGUCAUUGAAUUGUAAGGUUGAGUUUUAGCAGUGUGUAGUCCACUGCCCCUGGUGUAAGUGUGCUGUUAGUAGACACAGCUGAGCUUGACAGUUUGAAUGUCAAACAAGACUCAGCGGGAGUAGUCUGCCUCUUCCUGUCUUUCACUGGGGGCUCAUUUUCUCUUUGUUUAUUUUGUUGUGCUACCAGUAUUCACAAUGGAUAUCUAGGAGCUAAAAUGAUGCUAGCUGGCCAUGAGCAUUGUUGCAGAGUUCCAGAAUGGGACAGCCCUGUUCCUGAACUGUUUUUCUUAGACUUUUGAUCCAAUUUAUGGAUUUACCUUUAGAAGUUUCAUGUGUAGACAAUGUUCUAUGUUCAGCUGAUGGACAUCGCAAAGCUUGUUCAGAAAACUUUGACUCCUAAUGAGAAAUGUAUACAGGCUAUCGAGUGUGCAAGGAUACUGGAUGGAAAGCGAACUCUGAGAUACGCAGCCAUUGUGAUCAACAAACAAGAGCAUGGUGUCUUUAUCUUUACUGCUCUGAGGGUCCCGUGUCUACAGUCUAGUGACCUGGUUCUAGAAAGUGUGAUACCAAUAGAUGGCUCUAUGAGAUGUAGUGCUGAAGCGCCGUCACAGCAAACAGAACUUCGCCUGUCAUUAAGGUCACCCAUCAUCAAUGUAUUGAUAGAGAUGCCCAAAAGUGAUCCGUCUACAUUAUUUCUUGCUGAGAUAAAGAAAGCCAAAGAUGUCUAUUCUCAGGUUCCAGCCUUUGGUGAACCAGCAGCAAUAUUCCCUUGGCUGGAAAAGUACAAGAGACAGAGUACUGACUUCAACCAGUCGUCAGGAGAGAACCCGUUUGCCGAGGAUAUAUUUGAUCCGUUAAAACACAUGAGCCUGGACGGUACAAACAUGCAUGUUGUAGAUACAGAGAGCAGUAGACAAACCACCUGGUUCCAGGAUGACAUGUCAUCUCUCAGUUCAUCUUAUGAACAUUUAAAACCUGCCCAGAAAUCUAGAAGUCGAGAUUCUCUGGAUAAAAUUCUUGGAGGAGAUGAAGAUUACACUGACAGUAUGGAAACACUCCAAUGGUCUUUAGGAAUCUCUUCAGGCAAUGAGCUGCCGAUUCUAGGCAAGACAAUCUCAAGCAGGGAGAAGAUUGUCAAGAAGUUUCUCACAGACAGAGAGUUGGAAUUCACAGACCAACACAGUUUCAGAAUAUAUUGUGGGACAUGGAAUGUUAAUGGCCAGUCACCUCCAGAUUCGCUUCACAAGUGGAUGGUUGUAGACGCAGAGCCGCCAGACAUAUAUGUUGUAGGUUUCCAAGAGCUUGAUUUAAGUAAGGAAGCUUUUAUAUUUACCGACUCUCCGAAAGAAGUAGAGUGGCAGAAGGCUGUGAAAGCUGCUCUUCAUCCGAAGGCCAAGUAUUUGAAAGUGAAGUCAAUCCGUCUGGUGGGCAUCAUGUUGAUUGUUUACAUCCAAGCCAAACAUAAAGGCUUCAUCAAAUUUAUAGACUCAGAUUCUGUACCCACUGGCAUUAUGGGAAUCAUGGGCAACAAAGGAGGCGUAUCCGUCAGGUUCACGCUGCACAACACAUCCUUAUGUUUUGUCACGUCACACUUGGCUGCACAUCAAGAUGAGUAUGAACGAAGAAAUCAGGAUUACAAAGACAUAAUGAGCAAAACGAAAUUUAAAGAUUUCUCUCCACCUCUAGAGAUUUCUGAACAUGACAUUGUCUUCUGGAUUGGGGAUUUAAAUUACCGCAUCGAUCUACCGAUUGACACAGUCAAAAGCUAUAUCAAGAAAGGUGCUCACAAAAAAUUAAUUUUAGAGGACCAGCUUUACCGUCAGCUUCAAGCCAACUCUGAAAUAUUUAGAGGUUUUGAAGAAGGUUUUCCAAACUUUGACCCCACUUACAAAUUUGACUCAGGAACAGACAACUACGACUCGAGUGAGAAGAACCGAGUCCCUGCCUACUGUGAUAGAAUUCUCUGGAGAGGGCCUGGGGUCAAACAGCUCCGUUAUGACUCCCAUCCACAGCUGAAGAUAUCUGACCACAAACCAGUCAGCUCCCUCUUUGAUGUUGGGAUUCGUGUGCUAGAUGACAAGCGGUUUAAGAGAGUCUAUGAGGACAUUAUGAAGAAGUUAGAUCGCCUUGAAAAUGAUCACUUGCCUCAAAUAAAGAUUGACAACACAGAGUUGAUUUUCAAAGACGUGAAGUUUGUGGAACCUCAAGUUCAGGUUGUGACUGUAGCUAAUGUUGGCCAGAUUCCUGUAGAAUUUGAAUUUAUUAACAAACUUGAUGACCAAACUUACUGCAGACCCUGGCUUAAAGCCACACCUUGCAAGUCUAUCAUUGAAGCUGGUGUUUGUUGUGAGGUCCAAAUAGAAGUGUAUGUAGACAAGUCCACAGCAGCUAAACUCAACUCUGGGGAAGAGAAACUGGAAGACAUCUUAGUGUUACAUCUGACUAAUGGGAAAGAUUCUUUUAUCACAGUCAGUGGGAACUAUAUGACCAGCUCAUUUGGAUCAUCCAUAGAAGCACUAAUCCAGAUGCAUGGGCCUAUCAGAGAAGUUCCUGUAGCCGAGCUGAUUGAAAUAGAGCAACCAGGGAGUCUAAGCCGAGUGGACAUUACCAAAGAUGGUGGGAGACUUUACAUGGUGCCUAAGGAGAUCUGGAAGAUGGUGGAUUUCUUACAUAAAUAUGCCAUGAAUAAGGACGAGUUGUUUCAACAGCCAGGAAGGAACUCUGAGAUUCAAUUCAUCCGAGAUUGUUUAGACACUGGCAGACCUGAGCACAUUCCUGACAGUUUAAGUGUUCACUCUGUGGCUGAAGCUUUCCUCAUGUUUCUGGAGUCCCUGCCUCAACCUGUGAUCCCGUAUGAGUUCUACACUAAAUGUCUUUCAACCUCAAACAACCUGCUGCUGAGUAAACAGCUUGUAACCAGUCUGCCUGGCUGCCAUAAAAACACUUUCCUGUACAUCUGUGCAUUCCUUAGAGAACUGCUCAAGCAUUCAGACAAGAAUGGACUGGAUAUCAAAUUCUUAUGUUCUUUCUUUGGCGAGGUGAUGCUGAGGCCGCAGACUCCGUUGUUCACCACAGCCUCCGCAAAAGAAGCCGUGGUUAAAGAAAGGCGAAGCAAGCUGCGUGAGGAAGAUGCAAAGAAAGCCGCGUUCAUGUAUCAUUUUCUGAGCAACGAAAUUGAGCUGUAGCUGAAGGCUGUCUCUGAGUUUGAAAGGCUCAUACGUAUCUAGACACACAGUACUAAAGAAUGUCCAAACCUGUGCAGUGACUGAAUCUGAACCUGUAUAUCAAGUGGUUCUUCAUGAUUGAAAUCCAUUUAAAACAUUUAGAGAUAAAAGAUAAAGGUUGGUGGUAUCUUGGGAAAUAACUUAUAAUCUGCUUGGCGGAGUGCAGACAUAUCUUUAAAUGUUCUAAUGAAUGCAUUGCUAUUAAUGUUGCUGUUAAGUUUCCUGAAAGUUUGGAUUUCAAAGGUUGCCUCAGUGGUUUUAUGUUGCUAGAUUAUUUAGAUACCGGUUUUUAAUCUUCUGAUCUUGUCCAUCACAAUUCUGUUGGAUACUAAAGGUUGCCUCAUUGCUCUAUAUUGUUGAAUAUUAGAUGAAUUAGAUAUUUUAUCCUUAAAUCUUGUAAUUAACAUUACUAAUUGUGCUACCUUUCAUGUCAUUGUUGUAAAACCACAAUUCUGCCUACAGGCCGGCCAUAUUGGCUGUAGCUUGGUAUAUUGAAAGUGAGCUUUAAGUGUUAAAUAUACUGUCUGAUGUAAUUUAUUAUCUUCUCACACUGUUGCACUUAGUGAAAAGAUUAACACUGAUGGAGUCAGUGACUUGUGAUACGUUUUUUUUUGCCAUGUGGGAGCGGUGAUUUGCAUAUAUAUUUGUUUUUUCAACUUCUCAUAAUGUAGAGUGAAGGUCAGUUUGAUCUUCUUCAGAUAAUGCACACACAAACACACAUUGUUGAGCUCCAGUAAUUGGUUGCUUGCGUGCGUUACACAUUUAUAUUUAGAUUGUCUGAAUAUCUUAUGAAAUAUGUUUUAUAUUCAAAUUUUUGUUGAUUACUUUCCUUGAUAUCAGCAUACUCCCCCCACACCCACCCCAAACCUUUUUUUUUUUCCAUUCCAGAGCCCUUUUAUAGAACAAAUGUUGUCAUUGAUAUUUAGGGCCUGAAACUUGGUGGCACAGAGGCUGUAAGAAACCUGGUACUUGACAGUAUCAUCGAAGAGGCUUGAAAUCAUGCUUCAGUACGCACACUACCCCUUGCAUCCCUUGUCUUCAAUUUGCCACAAUGCCGAUGGCCACUUUUAUAAGCCAUUCCCAAACAAAAGUAUUUCAUUCAGUUAAUCUGGUGGAGUCCAAGAUAAUGACUCACAAAGUACAACUAAGCCUGUUGUUGCAGAAGGUUUGAAACCUUAAUUGUGGCAUCAACCAUGGUUUGACUGAAAUCUUACAACUUUUUUUUUUAUUUAUUUAAUUAUGGAGUCCAUAAGUCAUCAAUGUUUGUGACAUACAAAAUGAUGGCAUGGAGUGAGUUUUAUAGCAUACCAGCCUGGUCCAACAGUACAUUCAACUCAAACCUAGCUCCUUCUAGUGGUCACAUUACUCACUAACCAAGAUCCCCAAUUGAAUCAGUAGUUCUAGUUCCUUAUUUGGUCCAGUGGUGACAAUACACUUAACACUUUGGUCCAUAAUUUCACUAGGCAUUCUGUGCUAGAUACUACAUAAUACUGAACAGAUCUGUGAACAAUGAAUUGAUGUUUCUAUGUUAAUUUUAUUAUUUUGUAUUAACCUUUAUUGCUCUUUGUAUUAUGUUCUUAGGCUACUAAAUGUAGUGCUUUUAUAAUGAAUAAUGUUUGCUGUUCCUCUUCUUAAUAGAUGUUUUAAUUGUAAUCUAUUGGGUUUUUAAAAUAUUUACUUUUAAAAGUAUGUAGCCUACAAUGGCUCUAGUGAAAUGUGACACCCUAAAGUCAAGUAUUUACCUUGUCUAGAUAUAUUAUUAGUUCAGUGUUAUCCAUUCAAGUCUAUCUUUCAAAUAUCUAAAUGUAAAAUAGUAAGUACAGGUCUAAACUGAGUGAUGUAUAAAAACAACUGGUGACAAAAUCUCCCAUAUUCUUUGAUCUUCAAAGCCUGUUAGUCUUGGACCAAAAUUUAAUAAGACCUUUGUGUUGGAUGUGUUUUGUUGAGUGUAAAUAUCCCCAAUUAGUUUAGUCAUGGGUUGUUCAGAUUGUGCAGCCUUUUGAGUCCAGAUAGUUUAACACAAGGGAUCUUACACUGUAAUUAAAGCAUUUUUUAUAAAUUAUAAGAUUUGAUUAAGUUUUAUGCUUUUAUCUCACUAAACUACAUUCAAAGGCAUUUUGGAAGAGAGGCUCUUGUUACUGUGUUGUAACUGCAUUUUAUAUUUUGUUACAGGCUACACCAGUUGUUGUUUUAUUUUUUUUGUUGUUGUUUUAUUUUUUGUUGUUUUUCUAAACAUUCUAAUCAAGGGAGACUAUUGUAGAAUCAGGGAUACAAAUCGAAGUGACCAUCAAUUUUAUGUAUUUAUUUAAAUUAUCUUAUGUUGCAUUUGCAGCCAGCCACAACUUUUUGUCUGGGUCUGCAUUAAGACAUAAAGAUAUUUGCAUAUGAACAAAUGUGUCAUUUUCUUGUUCGUCCCGAAACUUGACAUACGACAAUUUAUUGCCAGUGCAGGAAUGUCACACUCAUUUCAUCACAUAAUAAAGGCAAUAUCCCUAUAUUCAUCUAGGGGCAGUACUCUACCUUUAGUGCCAUCUAUUUAAGUUGAAUGACUUGUUCCUAUUUUUGUUACGUUAAUCAGAGUUUUGAAUUGAUCUUGAGUAAAUCAGUUUGGUGUUAGUCAAUACCUACAUGUUCUCUCUCUCUCUCAGCCAUUGGGAUGUGCCCAUAGAGUCAUUAUAUACUAUACAAUCAAUUGUUUAGAUGGUAUGCUAUGUGUAUGUAUCCGAGUGUUAAAAGAACUGUUAUAGUGUUUGCAGUGUUCUUGUUGCCUUUGUUUAUUCUUGAGGCUUUAUAAGUUUGACUGUUCUUCUUCCUCCUCAUCAUCAUUAUUAUGUUGGAGCAUUCAGAUGACUGGACCAAUUUAUGAGAUGAGUUGCACAAUGGUUUCCAAAUCUGGGAGCUCACCAUGUAGUUUUCUUUCUAUUGUAGUGUUUUGUGUGGCCAUCUUGGUAAAGAGAGCAGUUUUGGAGGACAUGGUCAGCAUUCUCUGGUGACACUCCACAUGGGCAGAUUUCACAGGUUCCAAUUUUGAGCUUCCGGUUCAUAUGUUGUCGCAUUCUGUUGUGUCCAGUCCUGAGUCGAAAGAUUAGACGUUGGUCUUGUCGGGAUAGCUUAUAAUUGGCGUCAUCUUUCUUGUGAUUCGGAUAAGAGCUUGUCCAUUUCUCGUUUAUUCUAUUCCCUAUUAGUUUCUUCAUUUCUUCUGGAUAGAAUGCAAUGUUUAAUUGUGAGUUUGUUCUCCCACACUUGGCGAGUGUGUCAGCCUUCUCAUUUCCUUCUAGUUCUAUAUGUGCUGGUUUCCAUUGGCUUAGGUUAAGUUUGGCUGAUGAUUGUUGCUUUUUGUUACUCAGCUGUUCGAAUAGUUUUUAGUUUCUCUGUUUGCGAGCUGUGCCCUUCACAGAAUUCCUUGUAGCUUUGCGUGAGUCCGUCUAGUUAUAAAACACAAUGACUUACAGCCAGAUGUAGCUUUUACUCCCAAACCUAGCAGACAUAUCCUCCUUCAACUGCACAACCAUUGGUAGACUUUUCAUGUAUUCUUCUUGUUCAUGACUGAUAAAUAGUUGUCAUUUUUUUAUUCUCACAUAUGCCAUACAUGAACACAAGUGUUAAGCUCCGAUGGAGUGUUGUCAAUGUUUUAGAUCAUUUGGACAUUUCGCUAUGUUACAGUAGUGAAUUCAUCUCCCUUUUGCUUUGUGUAUCCCCCCCCCCCCCUUCUUUGUAGUGAACGUAUAGGCCAGUGAACAAACUGAACUAAACCACAACCAUUUCUAGGUCUCGUUUGUUUCAGUCACAUUGUGAGGUUUGCGCUAGGAGAAUGAAAAGUAUUGAGUCCUUGAUCAUUUUUACAAACGCAUACAUGAACUUAGAAGCUGCCUUUCUGAUUGUGGGCACCUGUUAGUUGUGUUGACUUCUGAAAUGCAGAGCCCUAUGUAAAAUACAAACGUGAAUCUAAGUGUAGAAACAAUGAAUGAUGCAUGCAAGGACAGAAUAAUGGCCAUAUUUAAUUCACCAUUUCCUCUCAUUUCUGGUUGGUUACCUGGUCGAGGGGUAUGUGCUUUGGGCUCCCAUCGUGAUAAGUCACUAGUUCAAUCCCUGUCCACUUUCAUUCGCUGCUGUCCUGCAGGAGGUUAGGACUACAAGUAGAUGUCUUCUGAAGGUCUGAAACUGGCCAAGCAAAAACUUUUUAAAAAAAAAAGUUUUACUUAGUGCUGCCAUUAGAUAGUAACAUCUAAGUACCAUGGCAUCAUAAACUGGAGCAGUAGUUCUCAAUUUGGUAAACAUGUACACUUAGAAGCUCUUGACAUAACAGUAGAGAUACUUACAAGAAAUCUGGGGGGGGGGGUUAUACUGGCUAAGAUUCUAUAGAAAUAGUCAUUGUUCUAUAUUUGUUGAAUUUCUUAUCAAGUGAAGUCAUGUUCCCCUUUCAGAUGUUUAAGUCACUUGUUUCUGUUACCCACGGUUAACGAAGGUGUCAUUUGGCCAGCACAACAACCAACCGCCUUUACUUUUCCUCAACUAAUAUCGGGUACCCAUUACAGUUAAGUGAACUUAAAGACACAUAAAGAUCCUGAAAUAAAAAAAAAUCCCAGACUUCACUGAAAUUUGAACUCUGGACCCCUGGUUCAGAAGCCAAACACUAUACCACUCAGCCACUGCAGUACAUAGAAGUUUAAUUGUACACUUGAGAUACAAGUAAAACAAAAGCCGCCUGUCCAAUGAACUGGUCCUCAGCCCAGUGAUAUCCUCUUAUCUUAUCUUAUCUUAUAUGAUACAGACGUUACUUAAAAAAGCAGAUGAUUACGUCCUACGCGUCAUGCAUUUGGUCAUGCAUACUCUUCUUAGUGAACUGACCUCAUGUGUUGGCCAGUUCUAUCUUGGUUGUUAUAUGAUAGUGAGUCUAUCUAGACAGUACCUAUACAAAUGUUUGCAAGCCAGUCACAAUGUUCAUAGUAGUUCUACAUGACCUAUGUAAACAUCUUUUCUUAGAAUAGAGCUGCAUAGCACUCUGAUACAAGUUUUAAAACCCAUUUGAACUUUCAGCCAAAUUUGACUUUGGUCACUGGUCUGUAUAGAAAUAAACUUGAUGUGUGUGUGUGUGUGUUGAUGUUAAUUUCAACAUUUAUAAGAUGUUCUAAGGUUGUUUACUUUGUGAGAGAGUGUUUUGGAAAGUAUCAGAUGUGCUGGUUCCAUAGCAAGAGGAUGUUUCUAUUAGAAAGCCUUGUUGUUUUAUAUAUGUUCUCGUAUCAUCUCUAAAAGGUUAUUGACAAUAAACAUUGUUUAGACUU